AUGAGGAGCGGGCAGGCCUCCUGUGCCCUGGAGACCGUCUGGGAGGACAAGCGCAAGUAUGGGGAGGCGGAGCGGCGCUUCUACGAGCAGGAAGCCACGCGAGCCGCUGCCACCCAGCAGCUCCUGGCUGAGGCACCAGCCAUGAAUGGGCCAGGUCAAGAGGACACCGAGGACACUGAGGAGGCAGAAGGCUCUGACAGCAGCAGUAGGAACGACGAGGGGAAGAAGCCAGCGCAGAAGAGAAAGCACUCCCCGAAGAGCCGGCUCUGCCAGGCGGACCUGGCCCUUGUGGGCCUCUCGGCCGACCAUGUCUGGCUGGACAAGCCAUUCUUCGACCAGGCGGAGAGCUCCUACCACCAGAGGCUGGCAGACACGGCUGCCAGGGCAGCCCGGCCGCUUGCCUUAGCCCCCUGGGGUCCCUGCGCCCAUGGAACCCAGGUGGCCUGCCACCACGUGACCUGGGGCAUCUGGGUCAACAAGUCUUCCUUUGACCAGGCCGAGCAGGCAUUUGUGGAGUGGUCCCAAGCUCUGCUGCUGGCUGCAGAGGGGCACAGCAGGCAGAGGUCUACAGACACAGGCCCACUGGUGGCUGCUCCCAACCUGGCCCUCGUCUGUCAGCCCAGCCCACCGGCCAGUGGCCAGCCCCUGCUGAGCAGCCUACAGGCGCUGGUGCAGGAAGUAUGGCUGGAGAAACCCCGGUACGAUGCUGCUGAGAGGGGCUUCUAUGAGGCCCUGUUUGACGGCCAUCCCCCUGGGAAGGUGCGCGUGCAGGAGCGAGCCAGCCAGGCUGAGGGUGCCAGGCGGGGCCGCAGAGACCGGCGGGGCCGCAACACCAUGGGAAGCAAGCGAACUGGGCCUCGGCGUGCCGACGGGGAGGCCCCCUCUGCCCAGCCCUACUGGUACUUCCUGCACAAGGACGCUGAGGCCCCCUGGCUCAGCAAGCCCACCUACGAUGGAGCAGAGUGCCGCCACCAGGCUGCUGAGGCCCUGCGCAUAGCCUGGCACCUUGAGGCUGCAUCCGUGGCUCACCGGCCUGGUGCCCGGUCUGGCCCAUCCAUGUCCAGCCUGAGACCCAACAGGAAAAUGGCCACAAACUUCCUAGUGCACGAGAAGAUCUGGUUUGACAAAUUCAAAUAUGAUGAUGCAGAAAGAAAAUUCUACGAACAGAUGAACGGACCUGUGGCUGGCACCUUGUGCCAGCAGGAGAAUGGCGCCAGUGUGAUCCUCCGUGACAUUGCAAGAGCCAGAGAAAACAUCCAGAAAUCCCUGGCCGGAAGCUCAGGCCCUGGGGCCUCCAGUGGGCCUGGUGGGGAUCCCAGUGAGCUUGUCCUCCGGAUUGCCAGCCUGGAAGCAGAGAACCAGAGCCUGCAAGGAGUGGUGCAGGACCUGCAGCAGGCUGUCUCCAGGCUGGAGGCCCGGCUGAGUGCGCUGGAAAAGAGCUCACCUGCCCACAGGGCCACAGCCCCCCAGACCCAGCAUGUGUCUCCCAUGCGCCAAGUGGAGCCCCCCACCAAGAGGGCAGCCACCGCUGCAGAGGACGACGAGGGCGAUGACAUCGACCUGUUCGGCAGUGAUGAAGAGGAGGACAAGGAGGCUGCCCGGCUGCGGGAGGAACGGCUGAGGCAGUACGCGGAGAGGAAGGCCAAGAAGCCUGCACUGGUGGCCAAGUCUUCUAUCCUGCUGGACGUCAAGCCCUGGGAUGAUGAGACAGACAUGGCCCAGCUGGAGGCCUGUGUGCGCUCUGUCCAGCUGGAUGGGCUGACCUGGGGGGGCUCCAAGCUGGUGCCCGUGGGCUACGGCAUCCACAAGCUGCAGAUCCAGUGUGUGGUGGAGGACAACAAGGUGGGGACAGACCUGCUAGAAGAGGAGAUCAACAAGUUUGAGAAACAUGUGCAGAGUGUCGACAUCGCUGCUUUCAACAAGAUCUAAGCUGUGGUGCCUGCACGUGAUAUUAAAGAUGUGAUGUUCCGGC